AUGCUAUUCGAACCUGGCUCUGUCCCUCCAGGACCUCCUAUCGAAACCAAAAAAGCCUUGAUCUUGCUCGACUUCCAAAACGACUUUGUCAAGCCCAGCGGAAACCUUCCCGUCGCCAACGUUGAACCCUUUAUACCCAACUUACUGUCCCUGGUAGACGAAUUCCGCGCCAAGGGGCAGGUGAUAUGGGCAGGGACCGAAUACCGACAAUCGCGUUCGACCAUCUCUUCCGUGACGGGGUCUCACUCUAUAAUCCUGAAACAACAUCUUCAGCGGCAGGAAUUUACCGAUGAGAGUAGUGAGUACUACAACGACCCGAAUUACACACGCUCACCUCGCGAAGAUCCUCUGUCGCCCUCGCUGAACCCAGAUGUCACGCAUGAUCGAGAAGCAUUCCUUGCACCCCUAUUGACCACCACCAAGCACAGAUGCUGCAUGCCUGGCUCAUCGGGUGCCGACUACUCGGACGGCAUCAAAGCAGCCAUCGACCCACAAAGAGACCUGGUUAUGCUGAAAUCCCACUACUCUGCUUUUCAAGGCACAUCCCUUCUCAUGCAUCUUCGAACCCACCUCGUCACUGAGCUCUAUGUCUGUGGCUCUCUGUCAAACGUUGGGGUCUACGCCACCGUCCUUGACGCUGUUUGCCAUGGCGUCCAGGUUACGCUUGUCGAGGAUUGUCUAGGAUACAUCGAUGAAGCUUGCCACAUAGAAGCCAUGCGCCAGAUGGCAGACGCUAUGGGUGCAAAUGGAAUCGACUGCCAGGAACUGCGUGACGAUAUUGCCGGCCUCCUCGGCGACAUUAUCCACGAAGAGGACUACCCCACCAGAUUCCAGGUCAGCCUGCCACCACCAUCUCGCACGACAAGGUCGCAUACUUCGAGAACGCAGAUUCAUGACUGGAUUUCGAGCCUCGAAGGCGAAGAAGCCCCUGCCACACCUGCCAAGGGCAAAAGAACACCUUCGAAAGAGACGGAACAGACCGGCGCUAUCCGGCGUGACUCCAACACACCAAGUGAGUCAUCUCGUAGAUCUAUAAGGCAAAUAUCUGUUGAGCGCAGUCCUACUCGGAAAAGAUCAACCAGUGAUCUGGAUCCCUUGGACGAAGAGCGUGUCCUAAAGCUACCCCAUAAUCCUUCUUCCCGUCGUAGCUCGACCCAUGCUGAGCAACUGAAAACCAAGCAGACACAGCAACACACACGGAAGCGGCGACCUUCACAAGAAUCAUCAGUCAGAUCCGCUACCCCUACGACAUCAGUCCUGCACCAAACACUUUCGACUGGGGCCCCAUCUGCUCACAAGGAAAUGUCGGAAGCUGAUCCAGCCGAGGCCAAAAGCCCAACCCCUGAAGCGAAGGAAGAAAAUGUCCAAGCAGUUCGAAAGAAGAAGAAGAUGAUACCAAAGAUACUUGGUCCUGGCGACACUCUAGGACAAGGUGACUGCAAACUCCACACAGGCAUUCUCGAUCAAACAGAAGCUGAACAGGCCUUUUAUUCUUGCAGAAGCGACAUCAAAUGGCAGAAGAUGUUUCACCGAUCCGGUGAAGUGCCUCGCCUGGUCGCUGUUCAGGGGUCCAUGUCUAAGGAUGGGACGGAGAUUCCAAUCUAUAGGCAUCCAGCGGACGAAUCUCCAGAGUUAUUGCCUUUCGACGCAGUGGUUAGCCUGCUACGUGGAGUUGCAGAAAAGAUUGUCGGCCACCCGUUGAACCAUGUUUUGAUUCAGUGGUAUCGCCACUGCGAGGACAACAUCUCUGAGCAUUCUGAUAAGACGCUCGACAUCGUUCGAGGAUCUCAAAUCGUGAAUGUAAGCUUGGGGGCACAGAGAACCAUGAUGCUAAGGGCGAAGAAGUCCGCUCUGACACCCGGCGAUUCGAACGACGACUCGGACGGUGCCAGACCUUCUCAAAGAAUCCCUCUGCCACACAAUUCGCUUUUCGUCCUCGGGCAGGAGACCAACCGGCAGUGGUUACAUUCCAUACGAGCCGAUAAGCGACCUCUUCCAGAAAAGACCCCCGCCGAACUCGCUUUCGACGGAGAAAGAAUCAGCUUCACAUUCAGACACGUCGGAACAUUCAUCAAUCUGGCCAACAACACAAUAUGGGGACAGGGAGCGACAAGCAAAAAGCGAGAAGAUGCCCGGCCUUUGUUGACUGGGGCCGAGGCAGAAAAAGAGGGCGAAGCCAUGAUUCGCGCUUUUGGGCAGGAGAAUCAUCGCAGCGCUGAUUGGAACUGGGACGAGUGGUACGGACGGGGAUUCGAUGUGGUCAACUUUGAGACCAAAUCCGUGGACGAGGCCAACGCACCCAAUGAUGAUCUGGGGAGCAGGUCAAAGGGCGAGAAGAGGAAAAUUGCCGACGAUAGCGAGACUUCAAUGAGGGCUGGUUCCGCGCCAUUCUGA